AUGGACCUCUUGUGCACUGAAAAUAUUAUGAACGUAAAUGAAAAUGAAAUCGUUUGUAGUAAACAAAUGCAAGAACAAGAAGAAUUGCAGCAGCGCAAAUUAGAAAGAGUGCUCCAAUAUCAACCCGCGAUCGCCCAACAAAUUUCUGCAGUGUAUGUGAAUCCCUCGCCAACACAAUUGGGUGCAAAUUUGACUACAAAUAUCCCAUUAGAAUACGGUUAUACGUCUGUUUGUGAAACCACAAAAUGUGUUGAAUGCUGUCAAUCGCAAUCAGCAAAAUGCAUUGGGAACCAUGCAUCUGCCACAGCUGCUGUUGCAUGCGUUACAGAUGUAUGUACGGUUUCCGAUACUACAGCAGCAGUUCAAACCGAUCAGGUGACUACUAAUAGUUAUCAGGAGGAGGUUUAUUCAACCAAUUUAAUAAACCGCACAAUAGACUAUGUUAACACUGCCACAGAGGAUCCUACAUUCCUCACAGACCGCUGUCUCGAAAAUGCACUCAAAGCAGAGGAAAAGCGUCCACAGUCUGUUUGCACUUAUUUCGUGACUGUGCAGCAAGACAUAACGCCACCCAUGCGCAAAAUAGUCGCAGAGUGGAUGAUGGAGACAAUAGAAUAG